CAGAUAUUUAUUUUAUAUAUUUCUAUAUUUUAUUUAAUCCAAGAUAUGUCGAAGCCUGAGUUAUUGGAAACCUUGAACAACUGUGAAUUUUUAUCAAAAAAAUUGAAACUUGAAAUUUGCAAUUCUAACAUUACAUCACUGAGAUCGGAUACUGUAAAAUGUUUGGAUGUAUUAAAGCCCAUACAUUCAGAAAAUAAUGAAGACAAUGAAGAAAAUUCAAAUUGCAAGCUCACAUCGAUAAGUCCACCAUUCCCAUCUCGAAGACGACUACGUGGUGUGUUACAGAACAAAACCAAUGUCCAAGACUUUAACAAGAAAAAUACAUUGAAUACCAAAACAAAGGAAAAAGAACCUGUUUUGAAGGAUGCAACAAACCCUGGUACGAUAAUAGAACUUGUUUCUAAAGUUCCUUCUGUGCAGAAAUAUUUCGACGUCAAGAAGAGGAUUGGCUGGGGCACAUUCAGCAGUGUAUUUCUUGCGUCUGAGAAGCAAACAGAUGCGGAAUGUUCUAGAAAUUAUUGUGCACUGAAGCAUAUCUACUCCUGUUCUGCAAAUACAAAGAGAGUUUUGUUUGAAACGAAAUGCUUGAAGGAGAUUGGAGGUUCUGACAACGUCGUUGGACUGAAAAGUAUCAUGGGAAACGGAUCUGAACACGUACUUGUAAUGCCUUUUCAUAAACAUGACAGAUUUUCGACUUUAAUCAGAGAGUUAUCUCUGGAAGGUGUUCGUUGCUACAUGCGUAAUUUAUUGACAGCGUUACGGCGAGUCCACAAAUUCAAUGUGAUACAUCGAGAUGUCAAACCGAGUAAUUUUCUUUACGAUUAUAAAUCCGGAAGCUGUGCACUGGUUGAUUUUGGCCUAGCGCACAACGCUCACUUUUACAAGCCGUCCAAAACCCACAGCGGAAUGAUAUCACAACAGCGGACUCGCACAAGAUCAGUUCCUGUUUCCGAACCUGUCAGGGCAAGAUCAGUCAAGCAUAUCAAGAAAUCAGGAAGCGUGACAUGUUCGCGUUCACCACUUCACACUCGGAGUUCUUCAAUGGUUGCCAUGGCGAAGAAUAUUAAUAGAUUAAGCGCAGUGGGGGCUCGUAAACGACCAGCUGACGAAUCUUUGAAGCCUGCACAGAAUAACAUUACUACCGGAACUCCAGUGCACAAGCGUCUUUGCAUCAAACCAGAUAUGCUUGAUUUAGCACAAUGCUCAUCAGAGCGUUUCACCGGCACUCCAAGACCAACAUUCCGUUACCGUCCCGGUUUUGAACCAAGGGGAAUCCCCAUUUUCCUCCCCCAAGCUUCUACACCCUCCCCAGCAAGUGUAAGCAGUGAAAGGGAAUUACUUCACCAUUAGCUGGAUGUACGCUGCGAAGUCAGCCAAA